CACAUGUAAAUAAGCCCCUAUAAAUACUUACAACAGUCAGCCGGCGACUGCACCACGUCUCACUUGUAUUGCACAAUAAACACGAGAGGACUGAAAGCUCGACUACGCAACAUGGCUCCUUCUGCUCGGCACAGCAAGAGCGAUAUUGACGUGCAAGAGGAGGAGUGCUACUAUGGCAUCCAGAAGGUGGACAGGAAGACAAGGAAGCCUCUGGUGGAGAAGCAAAGGCGAGCUCGCAUCAACGAGAGUCUGCAGGAGCUGAGGACCUUGUUAGCAGAUGCAGACUUGCACUCCAAGAUGGAGAACGCGGAGGUGCUCGAGAUGACGGUGAAAAAGGUGGAGGACGUCCUGAAGAGCAGAGCCAAAGAAGCGGACACGCUGAGCCACGAAGCAAGCGAGCGCUUCGCAGCCGGCUACAUCCAGUGCAUGCACGAGGUCCACAUGUUCGUGUCCACCUGUCCCGGCAUCGACACCACAGUGGCCGCCGAGCUGCUCAACCACCUUCUGGAGUGCAUGCCCCUCAACGAAGAUCACCUCCAGGACGUGCUGAUGGAUCUAAUUGCCGACACAUCCGGGAACGCAGACGGCACGUGGCGCGGAGGCGGAGACCCGCUUUGUUCGACGCUGGCCUCCCCCGGGGGAAGGAGCGUGUCCAGCGGGUCGUCCUCCGGCACGUCCGGCGAGGACUCUUGCUCCGAUCUGGACGACACCGACAGCGAGCAUAACCAGAGCACUGCGGAGGCUUUGGAAAACAGGGAAGCUCUGAGCACGCCCACCGUGACCUACUCCAGGUCCAUGUGGAGACCCUGGUAGGAGCCCGCCAGUUUCCAUGGGCUGCGUGGAUCUAUGGGCACCCUUGAGGAAAAAUUCCACCCCAAAACAAACACUUACUAAUUACGAAUGAACACACUCUUGUACAGUUGCCACGGCCAUGGAUUUACAAAUGCUCUCCACAACUCACCUUCACAAUGACUCUGUGGAUCCGAUGUUUUUUUUUUUUUUUCUGUCUCUUUGCACAUGCCAACUGAAAGCGUCUGCAACUGUCCAUUGGAUUUUGUGGCUUGGUUAUUUCAGAAGAGUGGCUUUUCCUUUAGGCAGCACAAUGAAGUAGUGGGUAGCGCAUCUGCUUCCCAAUGCUGAGGUUGUGGACCCCAAGCUCAGCUUUGAGUUACCCGUGUGGUGUUUGCAUGUUUUUCCUUUUUUUUUAGUCUGACUUACAUUCCAAAAACAUGUAUGCCAUGUUAAAUGAAGACUCCAUAUUGUCCACGGAUACAAAUUAGAGUGUAAAAGGUUGUCUAUUUGCACCCUGCCCACCGGUUCAGAUUGUCCUCACCCAUGCUGACCCCAACGAGGAAAA